AUGCACCCGCGGCGCGUUCUUCACCACCUGGCUAUAGGACUACGCAUUUCUAAAGCUGCAGCUGUAAUCUGCUCCUCAAAUCUCCUAGUUGACGACUUCUCGCGGUUUUCCAAUAAGAGAAAUAACCUUGGACUAAAGGCAAGCGAUGAUGGUUCUAUCACAUCAAUUUCCGUUCUCGGUGAUUCUAUCUCAUUUACACCCCGGCCAAUGUCCUACUUCUAUGAGAUCGUGCCCUGUGUCGACGCAGAGGCGUCCGGAACCCAGAACGCAUCUAUCACGCUCGAGAUGCAGACGAUGGAGAACUGUUCAGCAGAGGCGUAUAAUAGUACAUGGCGAUAUGUUACGAACUUCACUGGCGAGCCCCAGAGGAUCGUGGUUCCUGUAAGCUCGUUUCGAGGAGCUAGAACGAAUGGCAUUGCCGCGUUUAAUUGGGCGACUUGGGAAUCGCAGAGCACAGGUUUCGUCUGGGAGCUUGGCGACAUAGAGCUGAUCUGCGGUGCGGUAUCUUAG